GCGGCAGAGGAAGCCCAAACCCAAUGGGGGAGCCCGUCCUCCAGGGGGCGGCAGAGGAAGUUCAAAGUGUUGUUUCUGGUUUUUUUUUUAAAUACCAGGGCAGUUUCAUGCCUGAACCUUGUGCCGUUUACAGCAGCUUUACCCUUCUGAAGUCAAGGGGGGCAGCUGUGUUUAAAAAUCCCGCUAUAGUGUAGCACUGUUCCUGUCUUCAAAUAACGCUUCAAAUGGAGAUAUGAAGAAUGACUUUACAUCUGAUUAGCCCCUGAAAUUACAGGAGCUAUUAAGUUGCUUAAUAAGUGAUUAAUCUGAUUUUAAUACUGUCCGUGUUGUAUAAUUUGCGCAAGGCAAAUGUGAUAAGGCAUUAAAUUGUUUAUUUUCACAAACAUCCUCUUCUAAGAUCCGUUUUGUCACGAUUUAAAAAACCGUUAAAGGUUAAUUAUCAGGGUUUUUUUUUCUUUGCCAUCGUCAAAAGGUUAAGUAUCUAGAUCCUUAUUUUUAAUCACUCUGCUCAAGUGUCCUUAAUUAAGUUUGUUGGAGCGGAAUUAGACGUAGAUGUGGGCGCCAGACGCCAAUUAAGUGACUGACCUCGCCUUCCUUAGACAACGCGGGACGCCGGGGUCGCGGGCUCUUUGGGUAUUUAUGAUUAAAUGAUGCUGUUUUCAAGGUUGCUGUUAGACAAGAGGUACGGGACACAUGUAUUCAGUCCUAUGUAGGAUCAACGUUGAUUCUAAGUGUAUAAAAGCGUCUUUUUUCAUUUUAAGCUAACGCAUUAAGGACUUCCAAAGCCUUUCUAAAGCAGUUUCCCUUCUGGUUAAAUGAUGGGCGUUUUACAUUUUUUCACACUUUUUUUGAUGCGCGUUUCACAUCUCGCAGCAUCUUCGAUAUCUGUCAUCCGCUCGCUCUGCACAUCCCCCCGGCUGCCUACGAUUUGGGUGUCCAACUUCAUUCUCUUAAAUAUGAUAGUACGCACGUCACACUCAGCUCCAGGUUUCAAAAUCUGAUAAAAAAAUCUAUAUUUUAUAUUCAGUUUCUAGAGUACUAUACUUGGCACCUUGGGUUCCUGAAAAGCGCUAAUAAAAAUAUUUGUAUUAUUAUUUCCACUGUAUGAUGUUUUCUGAGUAUUUCUCCGAAGGUGACGUUACCCAGUAAUGCAAAUGCGCCAUGUCAUUUCUGAUUUUUUUUCGUUACCUAUUGAUGCUCAUUAUUCUAAUGAGUUAGCGUGGCACUUCGUUUCAUUAAGUAUUUUUUGUUUCUAUUGACAGGUUUAUAGCAUCAGUAAACAAAAGUGGAUCGGUAUGGAUUACGAUUUGCUUUAACCUGUUCGCUUCAAGUUGCAUUUGAAAUAAAACGCAUAAAAGAAAAAUAUAAACGCGUAUAGCCAGAGCAAACGUUUAGCACAGGUCGGUUAUUAUAAAUAUAUAUUUUUCCAAGUCCUACAGUACAAAGGCAUGGGUUCUUUGUUUUUAAGUGUUGCUGGAUGAAUCAGAGGUAUAACAAAUGUGCGGGUUUAAAUAACGGAGUGGUUCAGAUUUCCUGCAUCCCUCAAACUCAGUUUGACAUUUUGGAAAUAUUACUUAUUGGGAAUAUCUUGGCAAGUGUUUUGUUUGGUAUUUUGGGGGGUACGGAUGAAAUAGCGACGGCGUCACCGGAAUUUGCGCCGAGACAGUGCUGACGCCCGGUCGUGACCAUAAUGCCAGGUCUGUGCGAAAAUAUUCCAUCAUCAAAGAAAAGGGAGGAAGUAUAUUUAUGACAUUACCACCUUUCUCCCCCCCCCCAAUCGAUACAUUUCAGGUCGCAAUUCGGUAAGGCGGAAACGUAAAUCACCCAGUCCCGUGAAGUUUGACGAGUGUGAUCACGACUGCGAUUCGCCUAUAUAAGCGCUGGCUUUUGGGGGCAGCCGUCAAAAGACGCAGAGAAAAAGAGAGAGAGGGCGAUCAGCGCAAUGCUAGAAAUGGAGAAGUCCGUCAAGUUCGCCUUGGUGGUGGUAGCGAUCUCCCUGCUCAUUUCCUGCCAUCCUACAGAGGCGUGGUACAAACAGGCGACCGGUCCGAGCUAUUAUUCCGUAGGCAGAGCUUCUGGUCUGCUGUCCGGCAUUCGGAGGUCGCCUUACAUCAGAAGAUCCGAGCCCGAACCGGACAGCGGAGAGACGGCGGCUAACAGCGUGAUUGCGGACUUCGGAAGCCGGCAGAACGCCGUUCUGAAAAAUUUGGCGGUGUGUGUGAGAGACAUCUCCCCGAACCUGCAGAGUUGCCAGCUCGUCCAGGACGGAACCAGCACCUUUCAGUGCAAAGCGGACGUGAUCCUGUCGCUGGACUCCAGGGACUGCAGCGGCGCCUGAGCCCCCCCGACCCCCGGAGUACUGUCGCGAUGGACCGAUCACGUUGAAUGUUUCAUUUUACGCGACAAAUGUGAUGGUUAGCAACCUUUAAAAAUAAUCCAAAGUAUGGUAUGUUGCGAAUGUCUGUAUGAAUCCCCAUCCGUCGCCCACGCACCAAUUUCCCCUCUGUUCCAAAUGUACACUAUUAAAUGAUCAUACGUUGUUUACUGCCGCGCAGCGCUCUCAAGGAUUGUUUCUUUAUUUUUAUUAAAAUUUACAUACCAUUAAA